GUGCAACGCCGGAUAGGCCCGCCAGCCACGCCAAUCAGCGGGGAAAAAAGUUAAAGAUCUCCGCUGAUCGGAGGCGAGAAGAGGAGCGGGCAGCGCGGCGGCCAGGCCUGCUGCACCGUGACUUUAUGAGGAGCGGCGGGGCGAAAGCUCCGGGUGGAAUUUAAUCAAUUCAAGGAGGAAAAGGCGGGCGCGAGCGCUCGUAACGUCACAAUGAUAUGCUAAUGAGGCCGCGCGCGUGCGCGUUGCCGGCCGAGUGUUUCCCAAGUGUUUCAAACUGGGCUCCGGGUUUCCACGUUGGAUCAAGUGUCCCAGGUCUGGGAUCGGACUGUGCUCUGUAUGUGAGUGAGAGUGUGUAUGUGUGUGUAGAAGAGAGAGAAAGAGGUGGAGAUUGGGGAGGAGAGAAACUGUAACCCCCCCCCUCCCCACAUUCCCUACUCAAAUAGGAGGGGAGUCUUCCCAUUCAUCUUCCACAUCUUUGCGGCCUGUUUUUUUUUAAAAUAAUUAGCUUUUCUUUUCAUAAAAUAACAAGAGAUUUGGAGAGGACGUGAGUGAGUGAACGAGUGAGUGAGUGAGGAAUCCUUUUCACUCCUGACGGUUUUUGUCAGUUUAGCAGAGAGAGAGAGAGAGAGAGAAAGUCACCCUUCUCCUUCUCCAACAAAUAACAAAUGUAGCUUGGAAGAUGCUGAGUCCUGCGAACGGAGAGCAGAUACACGUUGUGAACUAUGUGGAAGACUAUCUGGAUUCAAUCGAGUCUUUGCCUUUUGAUCUCCAGAGGAACGUUUCUCUGAUGAGGGAAAUCGAUGCAAAAUACCAAGACAUCCUGAAGGAACUGGAUGAAUAUUACGAGAAACACAAGAGGGAGACAGACGUGGUUCAGAGGAGGAGGAUUCUCCAUUAUAUCCAGAGAGCCUUGAUCCGGAGCCAGGAAUUGGGCGAUGAGAAGAUCCAAAUUGUCAACCAGAUGGUGGAGCUGGUCGAGAACCGAAGUCGGCAGGUGGACAGCCACGUUGAGCUCUUUGAAAACUGUGCAGAGAGCAAUGACGCCAACAACAAGUCCUCACUGGACAGGUCCAGGAAUGAUGGUGCAACACCAGCAGAGAAACCCAAUGCCAAAAGGUCCCGGAGACGCAACAAUGAGAACCGGGAGAAUGCAUCCAGCAACCAUGACCAUGAGGAAACGAGUACUGGAAUGCCAAAGGAAAAGAAGGCCAAGACUUCCAAGAAGAAGAAGAGAUCCAAAGCAAAGGCGGAGAGGGAAGCAUCUCCUGCGGACCUGCCUAUUGACCCCAACGAGCCCACUUACUGCCUCUGCAACCAGGUCUCCUAUGGGGAGAUGAUUGGCUGCGAUAAUGAGGAGUGCCCCAUCGAGUGGUUCCACUUCUCUUGUGUGAGUCUGAACCACAAACCUAAAGGCAAAUGGUACUGUCCAAAAUGCAGGGGUGAGAAUGAAAAAACCAUGGACAAAGCACUGGAGAAAUCCAAAAAGGAAAGGGCCUACACUAGGUAGUUGCAGUGCCAACCUUUUGUUUUCUGUACAGCAACACAAAUUAAUGUAUAUUUAUUAUUGAGAGGUUUCCCUCUUUAGAUGAAAGAAUGGUGGGAGUGUAUUUGACAAACUAUUCCUUCUGAAGACCAGUUUUUUUUAUUUUUUUUAUUUUUUUUUUUGCAAGUAGGAAAGAGGGAAUAAAGGAAUCCUGGUUUUUAAGUCUUGUGUCCAGUGCAUGGACUGUUUUUGUUUUGUAAAAAAAAAAAAAAAACACUUUCCUUGCAAAAAUUCUAAAACCAUCAGUGUUUCAUUUAUUAUUAAUAUUUCAUUCCCACCACAACAAAAAAACAAAACAAAUUGGACAAAAUGGUUUUAUUAAAAUAUUUAUCAGAUUUUUUAAGUUUCUCAGAUGUAAAAAUGUACAGAUGUGAGCUUUCCAUGUAUAGUGUAUGAUUCAUCAGCAUAGGCCUUUAACCAUAUUGUAAGAAAUAAUUUUAUUGUUACUUGUUUAACAGAAAAAAACUGUACAGCAGUGAUAUAUAUAUAAAACAAAAGUCCAGAAAUGAAA